AUGAAUGACUGCAUUACAUUUAAUAUUUGUUAUAAGGAGGUCAAGUCCGAAAUUCCAAAGAAUUAUUGUUUUAGAUGUCUGUGUGAUAACAAUGAAAGACAAAUACAAAAGCACACAUUUAUUUGUGGCCCUCUCAAGGAACUAUUCCAGAUGCAAAGCAUAUCCCUGUGUUAUAUAUGCAAGAGGAUUGCCCAACACACAGAAUUAUUCAUACAGAAUGUACAAAGCAAUCAGAUCUUAAUGGAAAAAAAAUCUAAUGCAACAAUGGGUGAAAAAUUAACAACAGCGAAACUACAGACACAACCUGUAGUUAGUCUAAAAAAAGUCUUGUGUAAUGUUAUUGAAUUAAUAGAGAAUGAUAGCAAUAGUUGUGAAGAGUCCUCUUUUGUGGUGAUCAAUACAGAAGAGAAAGUAGAUGUUAAGGUAAAGAUCGAAAUGAAAGAAGAAACAGAGUUAAGAGAAAAUAUAGAAGUUGAGUUUGUAAGUCAAGGUAAUGAAUUUCCUAAGAUGUGUAUGAAAGAAGAGGACAAUACCCCUCUGAACACACCGUUCAAAGAAGAACUAAGUCCUGAAAAUGACGAGUUAGAUUUAAAUGUAAAUUCAACAAUAAAAAAGAAAGUUAAGAAAAAGAACAAGACUAAAAAAGAAGGUGAAGCAAAGUCCAGAAAAGAAAUACCUGAAGUAAAAAUGGUUUACAUUACAAGAAAGCAGUGUAUGGAGGAGCGAACUAGGAUGUCAGAAGAUCAGAAGUAUAUAGCUUACAUGUACAAAUGUACCGAUUGCAUCAAGGGCUUCACUUUCAAAGGAAGCUAUGACACACAUAUGGAGAAGCAUAAUCGAAGCAAUGGUGAUUUCGAGUGUGACAUUUGCAAACAGAGAAUGGAUUCAGAUGAUAAACUAGUCAGACAUAUGAGAUAUCAUUUAAUUCGGUACAUAUGUUCAGCAUGCGGUUUAACACGAAACUGCCGAAUAUCAAUCAAAGACCACUACUCAGCGUACCACCUUGGAGGUGAUCACCAGUAUAAUUGCUCACAGUGUGUAAAGACGUUUAAUCGCCAGGCAUCGCUACGCAAGCACGUGCUGUGCGUGCACGCGCGCGGCGAGCGCGUGCAGUGCGCGUACUGCGCGGGCUCGUACGCCGACAAGGACGUGCUCAGAUCACAUAUGAUGCUGAAACAUUCUAAGGAGGUGUCCGCAGUAGAAGUUCGUAAGAGAUGUGUGUGUGCCGAAUGUGGGAAGGCAUUCAAAACUCCGUCUCAACUCCGCAAACAUAGCAUCAAACACAGCGACGUACGCAAAUAUUACUGCGUGGAAUGUGACAAGAGCUUUAAAUCAGAAUGUAUAUUGAAGGCCCAUUUGAAGACUGCCGCCAUCCACGUUAAGCAUGAAGAAUUGCCCCUGUCCUGUUUACACUGUGAACAACGUUUUUCCGAUCGUCGAAAUCUCCAACGGCACAUGAAUCGAGUUCAUCUUAAUGUUAAACCUUACAAAUGUGACAGAUGUGAUAAGGCCUACAUGAACUCGUGGGGACUAAAGAACCAUCAGCGCUACACUCAUGAAGGACACAAGAGGCCACUUCAGUUUUCUUGUCCAAUGUGUGACAGACUGUUUGAUCGUAAAGAGAUCCUCAAAAGCCAUAUACGUACGCACACUGGAGAGCGUCCGUACCAGUGCAGCAAAUGUCCAGCGCAGUUCAGUCAGUCCAACGUCCUACGAACACACGAUCGACUCAUACAUCUCAAACUGACCAGGGAUGAUUUAGACAUGGUGCUAAUAAUGAUGUACUGGAGAGUGAUGGUGGCGCUAACUAAAGAGAGAGAGUUUAAGAAAAGAGAUUCUAGGUGA